AUGGUGUUUCGUAUACUAAUGCGUUAUUUGGCCAAUAAUGAGCAAUUAAUAAACCGCAUGGCCGAAAGUUAUCCAAUGCGAAGAGCAGCUCAAAUUGUAGUAUCAUUAAUGUAUAAGGCAAAGGACAUAGCAUAUGAGACGAAACUGCAUGAAAUGUCGCCCGAGCGUUUCAAAUCUUUUAUGAAUCUUUUCAAGAGUAACGUUAAACAGGAGAUUGAAGGCGUUAAAGAGGAGCUAAAAAAGAAAAAGUUUUAAUAGUGUGUUUCUAUUUUGAUUUACAUGUAAUGAAAAUUUAACAUUGUAGUUGUGUAUAUUUUCUAAACAUUAAGUUAUACAAAAAAUCCGAUAUUUUGGUUAGAAAAUU